AUAAAGGCCAGAUCUACCAUAAUAUUGCCAAGCUCUUAUUUGUGGGCCACCAUAAGUAUGGUGCCGCAUACUCCAUCAAUCCCAAAAAAUUCUGUGACACAGUUGGCAACUGCAUUGGAAUUCUCAGGGGGAAAUACAAGAAAAUCAAGAUGUCAUUUGGCAGCACUGGUGCUGGUGUGAUGCCAGCCAAAGGGACCCAAGCAAAUAAUCUCUUAGAUGCAGCACUUUUGGAGCUGCCAUGGUACAUGGAUCUGGAUUCCAUUUGCAUGGUGGGGCUGGUCCCCCCACAUGCUUUGGUUCUACUCCUCAACCCCAAUGGUCACCUUGUGCUCCCUCAUAUCCUGUCAUAUCCCACAAUCUGGACCCAUGUUCCAUCAUAUUCCCAUGCCUUCCAAGCCUACAUCUGGACCCCACUUCAUAUCCAACUCAUUCCCAGAUCCCCUUCCACUGUGUGCUCCACACCUCAGCAGGAUCAACUACACUCUGGAUUUACCCCUGAGCUCCAGACCAUUGGAUCUCCACUGCUAGCCUGA